AUGUCCAUCUCAAAGAUCCACGCCCGUCAGAUCUUUGACUCUCGAGGAAACCCUACGGUUGAGGUUGACCUCUACACUGCUAAAGGUCUAUUCCGCGCGUCCGUACCCUCGGGCGCGUCCACCGGCGUGCACGAAGCAGUUGAGCUGCGUGACGGCGACAAGGCCAACUAUCUCGGGAAAGGAGUCUCCAAGGCCGUCGCGAACGUGAACACGAUUAUCGCACCCGCGCUCAUCCGGUCCGGGCUGAAGGUCACCGCACAGAAGGGCAUUGACGACUUCCUCAUCAAGCUCGACGGCACUCCGAAUAAGGGCCGCCUCGGCGCAAAUGCGAUCCUCGGCGUGAGCAUUGCUGUCGCGCAGGCGGGCGCCGCGGAGCUCGGCUUGCCGCUCUACACGCACCUCGCAGACCUGGCUGGAGUGAAGCCGCCGUAUGUCCUUCCGUGCCCGUCGUUCAACGUCAUCAACGGCGGCAAGCACGCGGGGAACAAGCUCGCGAUCCAGGAGUUCAUGAUCCUUCCCACCGGCGCGAAGAGCUUCGCCGAGGCGAUGAAAAUGGCGACAGAGACGUACCAUACGCUGAAGAAGGUCAUUAACGCAAAGUAUGGCAUUGACGCUGUGAACGUCGGCGAUGAGGGCGGGUUCGCGCCCAACGUCUCCGGCGCAGAAGAGGCGCUCGACCUGCUCAUCGAGGCAAUCCACACGGCGGGGUACGACGGCAAAGUCAAGAUCGGCUUCGACUCCGCAUCAUCCGAGUUCUACAAGGACGGAAAGUAUGAUCUGGACUUCAAAAACCCGAACUCGGACCCAAGCAAGUGGCUCACUAGCGCACAGCUUGCUGAGCUGUAUCGCGGGUACAUAAAGAAGUACCCGAUCGUGUUCGUCGAGGACCCUUUCGACCAGGACGACUGGGAGGCGUGGACCGAGUAUAAUAAGACGAACCCCGUGCAGGUUAUCGCGGACGACUUGACCGUGACUGACCCGCAUCGAAUCAAGAUCGCAAUCGAGAAGAAGGCGUCCAAUGGGCUUCUUGUCAAGGUGAACCAGAUUGGCACCAUCUCCGAGACAAUCCAGGCGACCCAUCUGGCUCAAUCUGCUGGGUGGGGCGUCAUGGUCUCGCACCGCAGCGGUGAGACUGAAAGCACCCUCAUCGCAGACCUUGUCGUCGCGCUGGGUGUAGGCCAAAUCAAGACUGGUGCGCCUGCACGGAGCGAGCGUGUCGCAAAAUAUAAUGCUUUGCUGCGCAUUGAGGAGGAAAUUGGCAACGGUAUCUACGCUGGCGAGAAGGGAUUCGCUGUCGGAGUCACGCCUCCGGCGCUCCUGAGAAAGUAA